AUGAUUGCUGAAAAUACAUAUUGGGGAAUAACAGAAUUUUAAUUAUCAAUAAAUGAAUGUUUGAAUGGAUAUAACUUCUGUAAUUCAUAAGAAUUUUUCAAUCAAUAAUUAUAUUUGAGAUUAUUUAAUUAAAAAGUAUUUACUGUUGUAAAUAAUGAAGAAGGAUGGUAAAGUGGAGUUGAAACAGUUAAUUAAAUUAAAGAAUGCUAUGGUACAUUAAAAUGUUUAUUUAGGAUUCAAUUAUAUUGUUUCUCCAGGAGAUAAUUUGCAUAAAAUUUUUGAUUUAGAAUAACAUAAUUUGAUAAGUUUUUAAGUAAAGCUUUUAAUUUUUAAUUCAGAAUCAACUAACAUUCAUAUUUAUAUAGAUGAUAAUUUAGUAUUAACAACUAAUUUUAUUUAUUAAUAAUUAAAAUUACCUGGUUAUUUUUGUGAUUAUAUUUCUUUUAAAGAAAUCAAUCUAUUUUAAAUACAACAUUAUAGUAAAAGAUUAAAAAUAGCAAUUCAAGUUGAAUUAAUAAAAAAGGAUAAUUCAAAUAAUUUGUCUACAUAUAUUGGAAUAAGAGAUUUUUUAUUAUUUGUUAAUAAAGAUUUUGAUUAUAAAUGCUGUGAUUACAACAUUAUUCCAUUUGAUGGAUGCUUUUCAAAUAAUUAUGAUUGCAUAUAAGGUUGUGCAAAUUGUAUUAAAGGUAUUUGUUAUGAUUGUUUAAUUGGAUGGGAAUAUAAAGAAUCAACAAAAUCAUGUAUACCUUCUUGUGGAAAUUCUAUCAUUAAUCAUUAUGAAGAAUGUGAUGAUGGUAAUUUAGUUGCUAAUGAUGGAUGCCAUAAUUGUUAAUUCUCUUGUCCAAAGAACUGUCUUAAUUGUUAAUUUGGAAAAUGUUUGAAGUGUGAAACUUAAUAUCAAAUAAUAGAAGGUAUGUGUUUGUAUAUCAGGGAUGAAUUCGAAAACACUAAUUUUGGAGAAAUAAAAGUUGACUAUAAUUUUUUAAUAAUUGAGAGAUAAUGUAGUUAAUAUUAAUUACAACAUAUUUAUUAUAAUAAUAUCAAUCCCUUUUAUCAUUUUGAUUGUGUAGUUUAUGGAUAAUUGAAAUAAUAAGAUGGUAAUUGUAAAGUGGAAUAGUUUGGAAAAUGUUUAGAAUGCUAUGAUGGAUAUGAAUUAAAUUUUAAUAAAAAACAUUGUAUUCCUAAAUGUUAGGAUGGUAUUAUAUUAUCACAAGAAAUAUGUGAUGAUGGAAAUAGUAUCCAAUUUGAUGGAUGUUAUAAAUGUUAAAAAAGUUGUUAAAUAGAAUGUUUAUUUUGUUCUGAUAAUAAAUGUUAUAAUUGUUAAGAUGGUUGGUAACUUUAGGAUUAUUAAUGUAAAUAAAUUUGUGGAGAUGGUUAAUUAGCAAUCUUAUCUUAAGAAUAAUGUGAUAAUAUUGAAGAUUCCAAUUGUACUGAUUGUAAUUAUUAAUGUGAUCAUGAUUGUUUGGUUUGUGAUAAUUUCUAAAAUUGUGAAAUAUGUUAACCUUCUUUUUAGAUUAAUGAUGGAAAAUGUAUACCAAUUUGUGGAGACUAUAUAAUUAUUCCACUUUUUGAGUAAUGUGAUGAUGGGAAUGAUAUUCCAUAUGAUGGUUGUUAUUAAUGCUAAUACUAAUGUUCUUUUGGAUGUAUCAAAUGUGAAAAGAACAAUCACUGUAUAUUAUGUGAUGAAUAAUAAUAUUACAUUUUAGAUAUUCAAACUUUUCAGUGUAAAUAACAAUAAGAUAUUACUAAUUCAGAAUCAAAAUAGGAAAUUAAUAAUACUGAAUUACUAAUUGUAUAAUGUAAUCAGAAUUAAGAAUUUAUCAAUAAUGAAUGUAUUAAUUUAUGUGGUAAUGGAAUACUUAAUAGUCGUUUUGAAUAGUGUGAUGAUGGAAAUAAUAAUGGCGGAGAUGGAUGUUCAGCAUUAUGUUUUGAAGAAGAUUCAUAUCUGUGCAUCAAUUAGGAUGAAGUAUUAAGUAUUUGUACUUUUGUUUAAUCACCUAAUUUUGAAUUAACUUUACUCUCCGAUAUCUAAAAUCAAACAAAAAUACUUGAAUUAGGUUUCUCUUAACAAGUUUAUUUAUAAUCUGAACAACUCUUUGAAAAUAUUAUAGAAUUUAUUAUCAUUCCAUAAGCUUAAUAUGUUUUAUCUUUUAAUCCAUUAACUAAUAUUUCUAAUUAAUUAAAUUUUCCUAAAUAUUAAAUUUUAGUUUAAUUUUUAGAACCUGUUACUGAACCAAUUUUACAAAUUAAUAUACAGAAAUUCUCUAUAUAUAAUUAAUAUGACUUGGAAUUAAAUACUAAUUCAAAAUAAAUAAGACUUGGAACUCCUUUUGUGUUAUCACAAAAUACUUAACAAAAAGUCAAUUAAGUUAUUAAAAUGAAUGAUGCUAUAGUAUAUUCUACAGUUAGUAUUUCUGCAUUUCUAUUCUUAACUGGCAAUUAUAUUGUAUUUUUCAAUUUAUUAGAUUUAUUAUAGUCUAUAUCUUACAUCAGAUAUAUGCAAUAUAAAUUUCCUCCUCAUUUAAGUCAGUUUCUAGAAACUUAUACUAAAAUUUCAUUAUAACCUAUAUUAGAUAAAUUAAGAGUUGAUGAACUUAUAACUAAACUUAAUGGAGGUACUAUUCCAUAUUUAGUAAACAAAUAGUAAAAAUCCUAACAAAAAAAUAUUUUAAAUUAGAUGUAUUUAAUGAAUGCCAAAGGAUGUUACUUUUCCUACUUUUUAUCAUUAUUAACAUAUUCUGUAUGUUGUCUAAUAUCUUCAAGUAAAGUAUCAGAUUGGUUAGGACAAUACUUUAUAAAACAUGA